UUGGUGAUUGUUUGUGGAUAUUUUACGUUUGGCCGCGUUUCAAUAAAUUAUUUUGCAUAAAAAGUUCGAAACUUUGGUAGGUAUGUGGCCAAUUUAGCAUGCUAAGUUCUAUGUAAUUGAACCAGCCAAUUCUUGCAAUUAGCUUGGAUCUUUGCGAACACAAUUGUAGCACAAAUGCCCUUGAUUUCUCAAAUUCUAUGUUUGCGGGGUGCCGCCAUUGAAUUUGUCAAUGAAGUCGUCAUUGAGCGUGUUGAUGAAGCGCUUCAGCAAGGCGAUCCUAAUUCAAUAGCAUGCUCCAUGUUUUUAUUGGUGCAAAUUGGGAAUUUGUGUAGUUGCUUGUUUAGAUUCUAUGCAAUUGCAUGAGUACAAUAGGAUGCGCCUUAUUCAGAGGUACAACUUGGACUGCGCCUUGUAUAUAAGCUUGGAAAGGUCUUCACAUCUUUGAUAAUUGAAGCAGUAAAGUUUGGUGAUUUAAUGUGGAAACAAAAAAGAAAAGAAAAAGUGCAAAAUUUAUGUUAAAUUAUUUGUAUUUGUAAAUGUAAUGGAAGGCUGUUUUUGGUUAUGUAGAAGUUCUGCCAACAAUUUUCUGUUACAAUGGUUAUACUUGUUCCAAGUAAUUUUCAUAUGAACUCCUUAUUUGGCAUCUUGCAAUUAAUUUUUUGGUUUAUACAACAAUAUUUUAUGUGAGUUUUUGGAGUUCUUACUGCAUAACUUUUUGCCACUUACUAGAUUUUGUCAACCAUAUUGCCAGUGUUUUUUCUUAGUUGGAUGCCUUUGUGAAAUUCAAUUUGUAAAAUAUCUGCCUUUUGCCGGUUUCAUAAUCAUAUUGACAAUUACUAAUAAAGAUUUCAUAUUUAGAUUCUAUGUAGUUUGACUUAGUAUAUGUUUUCUGAAACCGCUGACAGUCAUAUCUGGUGAAGGAUUAAUGUAUUUUGGAGCUUAGAAUAAGAAGAUUCGUGUAUUUGUUGUUUCUCCCCUACAGUCACCAGCACAAAUCACAAUUUUUAUGCUCCUCCUCGUUCCAAAUAACUCUGGCUUACUGGUGCAAAAAGAAGCUCGCUUCCCCCACCCCACCACAACCACAAUCCCCACCCCUUCUCUUUUUUUGUUUGGUCAAAUUGAUGGAGGGCAGUCUUGCUGAUGAGCUCUAUUCAGAAACCUUGCAGCUAUCAAGGGUAAAAUUGGAUCAUGGGUCAACUACCAAUCUUAAGCAGGAUGAAUUAUGUGAUAGCAAUGGGGAUGACUUGUGGCAUGAAGAUGCAUCUUUAGGGGAUGGUUCUGAUGAAGAUUUGGAUAAAGUAUCUGAUUUGGACAGGGAAUGGCAGAGGAGGCGUGACCAAUUUCAUACGAUUGGGUAUCGUGAUGGUGUCAUAGCGGGUAAAGAAGCAUCUGCUCAAGAGGGAUUCAACAUUGGCUUUAAGGAAUCAGUGUUUGUCGGAUACAAAUGGGGUCUUGUCAGAGGUGUUACUAGUGCUCUAGCUUGCCUCCCAGAUGGCUUGAAAGAGAAGUUGGUUGAAACACAAGAAGCUAGAAACAAAUUCCAGUGCUUGUACAAAACUGUUCAUUCCCUUUCAACGGACAAUGCACUUAAGUUAUUUCAUGAUGGUAUCCUAAAAAAUAAAUCAGUUGAACAGACUGUUGAGUCUAGUUCCAAUGUAGCAGACAUGCAAGAUCGAAGUUCAGACAGCAAUGUUCUGGAAAACCACUUUGAAGAGCUUCAAUCACUUAUUCGUGAGUCUCCGACAGUAAAAGUGCAUUUAACAAUAGACCAGUAGAUUGUGAAAUAGAUUUUCCACAUAAUUUGUUUGUUAUUCAGAAAUAAACUAGUUUGCAUUGUAAAUUUUUAUUGAAAAAAAAAAAGGUUCUACCUUUGUUGUAGUGGUAAUUGUUGUAGUAUUUAAUUCUUAAAAGAGAAAUGUAUUCAGUAUCAUUAUUUUUAUGAUGCUGUCAGUAAUUCAUAUA